AUGAAAGAAAGAUUCAUUGAAUCUCUUCUUCACAAGAAGGCAAAAUGGCUCGACAAGAAGUCUUCUGGAUCGAUGACAACAAUACUUAAUCAAAACAUGAAUUUGAUUUACCAAGGAAUCGGAGAUAAACUGGGUGCUUUAAUUCGUGCUCUCACAAUCUAUGGGAUCGGAAUGGCUUUUUCCUUUCUGUAUGAAUGGAGAUUGGCUGUCGUAAUGGUGUUUACGGGACCAAUUAUCUAUUUCUGCAUGAUAAUCAUGAACAAAAAAAUAGCUUCAUAUAUAAAGAAAGAGCAGAAUGUUGUCGGGAUAGCAGGAUGUAUUGCAGGAGAGUCGAUUAUGGGAGUGAGAACUGUUCAAGCUUUCAAUGGACAGGAAGAAAUGGUUCAUAAAUAUACCGAGAAACUGGAAAUUGGAAAACUUUACGCUAUAAGUAGAGUAUGGUCCAGUUCGUUGAUUGGAGCUUUUAUUCUUAUCUUCAUCAGUGCCUAUUUCGGCGGAGGAGUCUUUUUCGGAGGAUAUCUUGUCAAAUGGGGAUACAUUAAUGACUUUGGAGAUGUCUAUAUUGUUGUGUUCACAAUGAUGUUUGGAGCACACAAUCUCAGUGCCAUCUCACCUCAAAUCGGUGCUCUGACAGAAGCCAGAGUUUCAACUGCUGCAGUCGACAAAAAGAAAAAUGUUCUCUCUGGAGAUCAAAUAAUUCUGAACGUCGUGGGAAAAGUUGUGUUCGAAAAUGUUCAUUUCCGGUAUAAAACUAGAAAGAACAUAAAUGUUUUGAAUGGUUUAAAUCUGACAGUCGAACCUGGAAAAUGUGUUGCACUUGUUGGACAUUCCGGAUGUGGAAAGACGACGACUCUUGGAUUGUUGACAAGACUCUACGAGCAAAAUGAAGGAGAAAUCAUGAUUGAUGGUAGAGACGUUCGAGAACUGAAUGUUGAAUGGUUGAGAAAUAUUGUGGGAAUUGUACAACAAGAGCCGGUGUUAUUCAAUGAUACUAUUCAUAACAACUUGUUGAUUGGUAAUCCAGCAGCAACUAGAAUUGACAUGAUUCAAGUUGCAAAGAUGGCGAAUGCACAUGAUUUUAUUCUCGAGACACCAAACGGGUAUGAUACAGUAAUCGGUGAUGGAGGAGUUCAACUAUCGGGAGGACAGAAGCAACGAAUUGCCAUUGCCAGAGCAUUAAUUCGUGAUCCAAAGAUACUUCUCUUGGACGAAGCAACUUCUGCAUUGGAUGCUGAAAGUGAAAGUAUUGUACAAUCUGCACUGAACAAUGCGGCCAAAGGAAGAACUACUAUCAUGAUUGCUCACAGACUCUCGACUAUUCGUCAAGCUGAUAAAAUUGUUUUCUUUGAAGGCGGAGUGGUUGUAGAAAGUGGAACUCAUGAUGGCCUAGUAACUGCUGGUGGAAGAUAUGCGAGAAUGGUUGAAGCUCAACAUUUCAGAGACACCGAUGAAAUGAUCCGUGAGAGAGAUGAUGAUGUGGAAGUUUUGUCAGAAGAUAUGCGGACUAAAAAUUGUCAUGAUUUCCACCAGAGCCAAUCAAGAAAAUCUAGCUUUGGCAAAUCAUAUGAAUCUUUGCCAAGCGUGGAUCAGAAAAUGAGCCAUCUGUGCUUGGGAAACUCAUUUUCUCUUAGUAAUGACGGAUUGAACAACCAAGAUAGUGUUGAAGAAGACCUUGUGGAUAAAAACGAUCAUGAUUCCUAUGGUUACAUGGACAUUUUGAAAAGUGCAAAAGACUAUUACUGGCACUUAUCGAUAGGAGUGGUUUUCGCGGUUAUCAAAGGAUCAGAGCAUGCCAUGUCGUCUAUUCUGAUGGGAUCUAUCUUUGAGGCAUUUCUCAAGCCAAAUGGUGAAGAAAUGAUCAGUGAUCUUCUUUUUGUUUUUGAGUGUUACGUGGGUAUCGGACUCUAUGUUGCCUUAUCUCUGUUCAUUAGUAGUUGCCUGUUCGCGUAUGUUGCUGAAAACUUGUCAUUGAAACUUCGUGUCCAAUCAUUCAACAGUAUCCUUUGUCAAGAUGCAUCUUUCUUCGAUAAUCCCGUUCAUGCUCCAGGAAAACUUAUCACAAGACUGGCGACAGAUGCUCCGAACAUCAAACCAGUUAUGAACUUCACAAUGCUUCAAGUCAUAUACUCUACAUCUUCUCUCAUUAUCAGUCUAAUCAUUGCAUUUGUCUGUUGCUGGCAAAUCGCAUCCAUUGCCACUAUUAUGCUCUUUUUGUUUUUUAUUUUAGUUUACUGGAUGGCUGGUAAACUCGCAAAGGAAAAUGCAGAACAUAUCAAAAGAGAUGAAGCUGGGAAGAUUGCCAUCGAGAUUAUUGAAAACAUAAAACCCAUCCAACUUCUCACAAGUGCUAACCGAUUUCUAGCUCACUACAAAAAUGCUCAAUCGGAAGAACGGAGAAGUGAAAUGAAGAAGUCUUUCAUUUAUGCUCUGCACAGCGCUGUCUCGACAACAUUCAUGUGUUUCACAUUAUUCAUUUGUUACUUUGUCGCAAUUCACAUCUUGCAUUGUGGACUUGUUGACGCAAGUGAUGCGUUCCGAGCUAUAAAUGCUGUAAUGAUGGGUUCUCUCGCUAUAAUGUAUUCUGGUCACUGCUUUCCAGAGUUUGUUAAAGCAAAAACUGCAGCUGGGCAACUAUUCAAACUGAUCAAUCAUCAUCCUAAAACUGGAAAUCAAAUGAAAGGACAAACACCAGAUAUUGAAGGAAAUGUGUCAUUUGAAAGAGUAAAAUUCUCAUAUCCAAAGAUACCAAUGCAUCCAAUCAUGACUGAUCUACAUUUCUCGGCUCUCAAAGGCCAGACUGUUGCUCUGGUCGGGCCAUCGGGUACUGGAAAGACUACUUGUAUCUCAAUGUUAGAGAGAUUCUAUGAUGUAACUGGUGGAUCAGUUAGAAUCGAUGGACGAGACAUAAGAAGACUCUCACUUCAUCACCUCCGAAAACAAAUUGCUUUAGUAGGUCAGGAACCUCGACUUUUUGCUGGAACAAUAGCAGAAAAUGUUCCAAAUGACAGAGUUCUGAAAGCAUUGGAUGAUGCGAACUGCUCACUUUUUCUGGAAUCCUUACCAGCUGGAAUUGAAACGGAAGUUGGAGAAAAGGGAUCUCAGUUGUCGGGAGGUCAAAAACAACGAAUCGCUAUUGCCAGAGCAUUGGUCAGGAAUCCAAAGAUCUUGCUGCUUGACGAAGCAACAUCUGCAUUGGAUUCAGAAUCUGAAAGGGUCGUACAGGAAGCACUAGAUCGUGCUCGCAGAGGUCGUACUUGCAUCACAAUUGCACAUCGUUUAUCAUCCAUUCAAAAUGCGGAUCUAAUUGUUUACAUAGAUCAAGGAAAAGUACAAGAAGCUGGAACUCAUACCGAGUUAAUUUCGCUCAAAGGAAAAUAUUAUAAGCUUUUCGAAAAGCAGAACCUAAAAAUGGAUUGA